GUAUUCAAAUUUAAUUUCUUUCCCCCAAGUCAGCUUUAUGAGUUGUGUAAUUGGAUAUCCUGAUCUUACUUACUCGGGUCGGGUGGCGUAGGUAUCCAAUUAUAAGAUACGAAUCGCAAAUGCUAUCUCUGACUUUCACUCAGGGCUGAGCUGCGCCAUCACAGACCCAAACCAAUCCGGCGUACGUCUUUACUCUCUCAUUUCUUUAGUUUCCGUUCUCAACAGCUUUGAAAAGAAGAUGCAGGCAAGCGAUAGGUUUAACAUCAAUUCCCAGCUCGAACAUCUCCAAGCAAAAUACGUUGGAACCGGCCAUGCUGAUUUGAAUAGAUUUGAAUGGGCGGUGAAUAUUCAACGCGAUAGCUACGCAUCGUAUGUAGGGCAUUAUCCAAUGUUGGCUUACUUUGCUGUGGCUGAAAAUGAAUCCAUUGGCAGAGAACGCUACAACUUCAUGCAGAAAAUGCUUCUGCCUUGUGGUCUGCCUCCGGAAAGAGAAGAUGAUUAAAAACUGCUGCUUUGGAUAUGAAGUGAAAUGUUAGGAAGUCCAAGCUCUUCCGAGCUUUUCCGAUGAGGCUGGGGAGUUUCCUAAUUGAAUAUCCAUAGAUAUUGUGUUUGUCUUGAAGUAUGAAGUUACGUAAUCACAGAUUUUGGUGAACAAUGACCUAACAUUGUAGCCUCUAUUUUGUCCCUUAAAAAAACUGCGUCUGUUCCUUGCAUUGCAUCUCAGUUUA